AUGCCUCAAGCGCCUGGUCGCUGCUUUAGUGCCUUCAAAGCCAAGGUGAAGGCUUAUUUGUCCCUGCAUCGACCGCGCAUGCUCCACCAGGGAGCACACCAGUCCAUGACGGAGGCAAGAAUGGUGUUGCUGGAAGACGCUGCUAACGCGUCCAUCGACUGCAUGCACUGCCACUUUGUCAUUUCAAUGGCGUUGCAUUGCCAGCGCGCUGUUGCCGAUGCUCCUAAGAUGGAAGACGAGCAGUUUGGAACUUAG